AUGCAGGCAGAGGUGUGGAAGCGCGAGCAGGAGAAGGCUCACGAGGAACGCCGGUUGGAAGAAAUGCGGAAGGAAAUCGCCGAGGAGCGGAAGCUGCAGGAACUACAGAUGCAGGCUGCGGAGGCCGGUCACAUCGACAAAGUUGAGCGGCUCGAGUUCAUGUACAAGGGCGGACCUUUAAUGAGCGCGGCGGAGAAAUCUCGUGAGGAGGAAGCUUACUUGCUCGGGGAGAAAAAGUACGUGCCUCCGAAGGAGAAGGACCAGUUGAAGAAGGCUGCUGCCGCAGGUGGUGCCCUGCUAGCAGACGGACCAGCGGCGCGGAAUGAGACAUGGAAUAAACUCAACGCAGACCCACUGCUCAUGAUGCGGAUGCAAGAGCAGGACGCUCGCAAACACGUGACGGAGAACCCGGUAAAGAUGGCCCAGAUAAGGAGAGAAGUCGCGGAGCUCCGACAGCAGAAGAAGGAGAAAAAACGAGCCAAGAAGGAGGCCAAGAAGGAGGCCAAGAAGGCCAAGAAGGAAGCCAUCAGGGACGAAAUUCGAAGAAAAAUUUUGGGCGAGGGAGGAUACGCAACGACCAAACAAAAAGAGGGGAAAACAUCGAGACGCUCGAAGAGUGAUGACGACAACUCUUCAUCAUCUUCGUCUGGAAGCCCUGUCCGCAACAGCAGAGGACGCAGCCGGUCGAGGUCAAGGUCGAGGUCCAGGGAGCGCAGAACGCGCAAGGAAGAUAGUGAUGGACGCGACACUCGUAACGAAGGAGCACCAUUCCGUAAGCGUGGUCGCAGUCGCAGCCACAGCAGGGGCAGAGAUCGUGACAAUGAUCGAGUCAGAGGCGUCAGGGAUGAUGCAAGUGCCCAGGAUGGCUCGAAAGGGUACGGUCUCACCUAUGCAAACCAGCGCGCAGAGCAAGCCGCCGCUGUCCGACGCGAACGCCGAAAUGAAUGGCGUGAAUCCACUAAAGAUGAGCGAGACGCCGCAGAGGAAUCAGCGCGGAAAGCAAAGGAGGAAGCGUGGGCAAAGACAGGUGGAAAGAACUCUGUUGGGCACCGCACGGGAAGACUCACCGAGGAGGAGAAGGCUGCGCGGCUCCGUGCAAUGAUGGAUGAUGCCCAAGUACACGACGAGGCGAGAUGGAAACGACUGAGGAAGAACUCGGCAGAUGAAGAAAAGAGCCUCGGAGAGCUUGCAGUGGGGGCACCAGCUCAACACCACUCGAAAGCUGCUGCCUUCCUCGAGGAUGCUCAGCGGAAAGUUUUUGCCGGUGGUGGGGGCAUGGAGGACAGGAUCCAAACGACGAAAUACUUCACACAACGUGGCGGCGAUGGGAAAUCAUUCAGGCGGUAG